CGGCUGACUGAAGAUAAUGUAUAGCCACAGAGCUGUGUGCGUUUGUUGAGUUUUGCUAACACUACCUGAUCUUAAUGUUGACUUGACGUGGUCGCAAACGCAUUUCUUAGUGUAGGACCCUUCUAAUGCCAAGUUCGCUGUUUAGCAACUUCGAAUUUUAGCAUUAGUCACAUGGUAGCUAUCGUAGCAGCCAUGCUUGAACAACCACAGGCAAGACCAAAGUCACGGCUUGACCCAUCUGUGAACAGUCACAGACCUGCCUCAGGAAAAUCCCAGGACAUUUCUCAUGUAUUUGCAAGCACCUUCAAAGACCUUUACACAAAAGACAUAAUUGGGAAAGGCACUUUAUCCAACCUCAUCAAGACAAAGCCUGGACGAAGCAGCUACCAUGAUAAAUACAUUGAAGAGCUUCAACAGGCCUAUUCUGAAUACAGCCGAUGUAUAAAAGAGGCAGACAUGCUGGAGAGCCAUAUAAUUCAGGCCAGAGCCAGGGCUGCAGCCACAGAAAACCAGGACUAUGAGCGAAUGAAAGAGCAGGUAGAAGGCGUUGAUAAUAUCCAAGGCCUCUACAUAGUCAAAUCAGCCUUUUCCUGGUGUGUAGACAAAGAUCUUCUUGAACUGAACAACCUGAUUUCCCCCCAGGACUACCUACCUACACACAAACCACGGGUGAAAGCACCAGCAGCAAUAAAAUUGAAUCCUGCCAAACCCACCGCCGCCUACACCAUGCACAUAUCCCGGGAACCUCAGGAUGAUGGUUAUACACUGAUUCCCAGUUCUGAAAAGGCUGUCACAGAAAUGAAUGAGUCAGAGCUCAGCCUGACUUUCCAGUCUAGUUCAGAUACCCCGAAGAGGAAGAAAACUCCAGGGGAGAAGCCAAAACAGACCAAAGCCAGACUAAAGUGGAAGGAUGAACUGAGUGCUAAGGAUCAGGUCAUGGGGUUAGAGAAACUGCUGAAGCUGAAAGAUGGUCACAGCUUCCUACGCAAUCCUCGCUUCCUUCCUCCAAAUGCACCGCAGGGUGUUAGAUCGCUCAUUCGACCCAGGACCAAAGCGGUGAAGGCAGAGCGUGAGAGGAAAGGGGUAGAGGCGCAAAGCCCACCUGAUGAUCCUGUCCCAAUCUUCCUAGCGAACCCUCCAGUGGUAGUCUUUACUGACUACAGUGUGGGACAUGUUUAUGAGAUUACACUGGAGUUGAAAAACCUGACCUCCACAAGCCGUCAUGCCCGAGUCCUCCCUCCUACCACUCCUUACUUCUCUAUUGGCCUGGGGAGGUUUCCUGGUGAAGGUGGUGUUGUUGCCCCUGGGAUGAGUUGUAAGUACAUGGUGCGAUUCGCUCCAGACUCCCUGGCAGAUUAUGAAGACUUCAUAGUGGUGGAGACUCAGGCCGAGCACCUGUUUGUGGUGCCCAUUGUAGCCAGACGACCCCCUCCAAUUCUCAGCUUACCAAGAGUUCUGGACUGUGGUUAUUGUCUGAUUGGAGGAGUAAAGUUUGUUGAGUUCCUGUGCCAAAAUGUUGGCCUCAGUGCUGGGACCUUCUGCAUAAUCCCCAAGAACCAGUGGCCAGCCUCGAACCUUAGGUUUGUAGCCAGAACUUACUUUACUGAGCAGCCACCUUUUGCAGUCAGCCCCUCUCUUUUUGUGCUGCAGCCAGGAGAGGCCACGGUAGUGGAGGUUGUUUUCUUUCCCACCACUGCUGAGAGGAGCUGUCAGGUGUUCACUGUUGUCUGUGACAACUGUCAGGUGAAAGACAUUUCCAUUGAAGGUGAAGGCAACCGGAUUGCUCUUGAGCUUGUGUGUGUAUCUGGGGAGAGGGAGCCUCCUGUAGUUGGGGAAGUGCACGAUCUCACUGCAGACCACUUUGUCCGUUUCAGCCCAUGUAACCCUCACUCUGUGCAACAGAAAACACUCAUCAUCAGAAACAAUGUCCACUUGGAGCUGCCUUUCCAUUGGCAGAUUAUGAAGCCCAACCUGCACCCUCUGCUUCCAGGGGAAACUCCAGAGCCUUCCCAUAUCCAGUUUCACCUGGCCACAGAUGAUGUUUUUCAUGUCAGCCCACUAUCAGGCAUUCUGGGCCCCUGCCACGACCAAGAGUUCCUGUUUACAUUUUGUCCUAAAGAGUUGAAGGACUACCACAGUGUCUGUCACUUAGUCCUGAGGGACGUACCACAGCUGCCACCAGAGCCCAGUGAAAACAGAACCCUUCAGCCUGUGCGCACAGGGUCCAACGUGGGUGAUGUCAUUGUCAUGGAGAUAGAGGUCAAGGGAUCAACAGAGCCAUACCAGGUCCUACUGGAGCCAUAUGCUAUUGUAAUCCCGGGAGAGGUUUUUAUUUCCACAUCCACCCACAGGCAGUUCAAGAUGUGGAACCACAGCAAGACCUUCAUCUUUUUUCAGUGGGAAAGGAUGAACAGCACCAGCCACAUCAUAGAAGUAGAGCCCUCUACUGGUAGAAUAGAGGAGAAUGAGUGCUUUGAUUUCAAUCUAAUUGUGACUGGAGGGAAACCAGAGAGGCUUGUGACCAGUCUGGUUUGUCACAUAGAACACCACCAUGAGCCCAUCACCUUGGCUGUGGAAGUCUCCUUCAAGGGUCCCAUACUGACCCUCAGUGUGCCCAGUGUGGAUUUUGGGCUCAUGAGGCUUGGGGAGCAGUCCCAGACCACGCUGCUCCUUACCAACUCCACACAGUUGGAGGCCUCCUGGACAAUGGAGGAAAAGCUUAACAGCCAACAGAAUCAUGAAGACACACAGAUAUUAGUCAAGCCGUGCGGAGGUCUACUGCCCCCCUUGGCGUCUUGCAGUAUAGAGGUGCUCUUUAGGCCACAUUUCUCCCAGAAAUUUGAAACAGAGCUGGAGCUGACAGUGGAGAAUGGAACAGGAUGUCACCUGUCAGUGCGUGCAGACGUGCAGUCUCCUCAGGUGUGUCUGCUAAACUGUGAAAUGCUACUAACUGACCUCUACAUUGGAGUCCCCGCCAAGGGCACGGUCACUCUUUUCAACCAGACUCUGCUGCCGUCACACUUCAGAUGGCUGGCUCAGCUACAGGGUCAACAGGCGUCACUGUGUACUGCCAGUUUUGACCCCACUUCGGGUAUUCUGGGACCUAAUGCCAGCACUGAGAUCACAGUUUGUUUUACCUCUCACACAGAUCUGGAGGUGGGUGAGGUGGCUGCUCUCUGUGAGAUCCAAGGGAUGAACUCUCCACUUGUUCUUGGCAUUUUGGCCUCCAAAACCAAGAAUCUCUGUGUGUCCUACUCGUUGCCCAAUGUCUGCUCUGAUCCAGAUGAUGAGAGUCCCUCAACACUAGUGCUCAACUUUGGAGAUGAUGUUAUUUUGAAGAGAGCUGUUACUAAGCAGUUUCUGAUAACCAAUCAAACUCCCAUCUCUGCCCCUUUCACCAUAGAGGCAGAGUAUUUCACCUGCCAUGCUUCAAAACCAAGCAACCAGGCAGAGAAAAGAUUGCCAUAUGUCAAGAAACCGCUUCACUCUUUUCAAGCAAAGAAAGCAGAAGUGAAGACACAAGAGGAGUUUGUGAGCAGCCUGCUGGCUCAUGGAAAAGGUGCAGCUUUCUUUGUCCUGCCAAACACAGGGACACUGGGACCAUUUGAGACCCAGACUGUGGAUGUGACUGCCUACACUGACAUCUGGGGAGAAUACAAAGAUCAUCUUAUAUGCAAAGUCGGGGACCUUGACCCCACGCUCCUCCUCAUGCAAAUGACAGUGACAGGCUGUCCGCUCUACUUCCAGAUGACAGGCCCACGACCAGAUAAUCAGAACCAAGGACCAACCAUACGGUUUGGUGCUCAUGUAUCUGGAGGUGACACGGUGUCUCGUUCUCUUCGCAUCAACAAUCCCACCGUGUCUGAUAUUCGUAUGGACUGGGAGACAUACAAUAUAGAUCAGAAUGACCGUAAGCUGGUGGAUCUUGUGGUGGUGUAUGGAGAUGCUUUCCCGCUCAAAGACAUUGAUGGCAAUGAGGUGAUGAGCGGCGCAUUAAGGCUUUCUGAUGGGAACAUUCAAAGAACCUGGGAAAGAAACCAGACGCCAAGCUCAGAGGGAACAACUGCCUCCCUCCAAAGCGCGACUGAUGGAGAACAGGAGGAAUCUAUAACUGAGGAUGAUUAUACCUCAGGUCUUUAUUCUGCUCCUGUGAAGAAAAAACUCCUCUCUGUCCACAUCCGACCUCAUGUGGGCACCCUCUCUGAUUAUCCCUACAGCAUCACGCCUCAGCAAAUCGUCAUUCCAGCAAAGAGCAGCAGCACAAUCCAUGUAUCUUUUACUCCUUUGACUCUUUCUGGGUCAGUUGUUGAGACCAGUUGUGUGGGGUUGGCUCUGGGUUUCAUGAGUCUGAACUCUGAGUUGGCUGCCUCUGUCCCGGGUAAAGUUGUAAGGGCUCAGGGUUUGGGUUUGGAGCCUGUCAGAAUAGACCUCCUAGCAGCUGUUAAACCUGCAGUGCUGUUAGUGCAGAUGGAGGAGGAUGAGGGGGUACUCGAGUUUCAUGCCUCGGCCGGUGAUCUACUGAGAGCAAAGUCAGAGAAGGAGCUAGAAGUGCAAGAAUUUAACAUGACACAGACCCUUCAGCUGAGAAACACCUCAGAGAUGCCCCUACGCUUCCGGCUGGGGACCCAGCCUCCAUUUGUAGUGCUCAAACCUCAUUCUCAAGCAGGGACCAGCACUUCUAGCAGUCGGUCUGUAGUGCUGCAACCACAACACAGUGUGCAGGUGAAAGUGGCCUUCCAUUGCUCCCUGUCCCUUUUGGACCAUGUGGACCAGCCAGAUGUGGAAGCCCCCACCGGGGUGGCGUUGAUCUCCGCUGCACAUGGACAAAGGAAGCUGAGGUUCCAGCAAAACCUCCUGAUUCACUACAGCAAUAACAGCCUUCAGUUAGUGCCUCUCCGUGCCCUCCUGGAUCUUACUACACUGUGUUUGUCCAGUAACAGCAUCAACUUUGGCUUCAGCUACGUGGGGCAGACAGAGACAAAAGAAGUAAACCUCUACUGUCAUGGAGCCCACACCUACUGGAAAUCAGUUAUCGAGUCAGAUGAAGGGGACUCACAUGUGUUCAGAGUGACACCAGACUUUGGGCUUCUCAGGUCCCAGGAGCUGCAUGUCAGCCGCUGCUGCCAGAGUCUUCAGAUCAGGUUCACUCCCAGUGAGGACAGAGAGUUCAGAGCCACGGUGGUGAUCCUGUCUCCCUUGGUGAAGACCCCCCUCACUCUGCAGCUCCAGGGAACAGGAUCCUUUGAUGAAUCGUACAGGUCUAACUAGAUCUCAGUCACCCAAUCACCACCUGCUCUUUUAUUUGUUUUCCUUUUGUAACCUUAACCUAAACCUAAAAUGUAGUGAUUUACAUUCUAGGGUCUUGCUUCUUGUCCCCAUAAGGAUGUCGAGUCCCCACAGUGUGACCGGUGUAAACAUAUUUACAGCCCCACAACAUGAAUAAUACUAGGCCACACACACACAGGCUGUUAUUGUUCAUAAUAGCUGUGGUGUUCAUCUACAGCAGUACAGACAUCUGCAAGAGCUGCAAAUCCACAGAGAGAUGUAAAUAUCCAAUUGAUAUGCAUUGCACUCAAACAGUCUUACACGGAGAGAGGGCAUGUCUGAUCACAAUAGAACAGUGCUGUGUGGACUAAUCUGUGCAAUGCUGGGGCCAAGGUCUGGAGCAUUUGCUAUUCUGAUUGUCUGGUCUAACAUGCCAAAGAGAAGAGACAGGACUGCCCGGAGUUAUACUUUUAGUGCUCAUUAUAAAUACCAGCAGUGGUAAUUUUGGUACAAAGGUAGUGUCUUUUCUAGUUUGCUGUGCAAUGGUGCAGCAGUCUGAUGACACCCAAAUACUGUUGUGACAUAAAACAUACCACACCUGA